GACUUCUCCGAGCGAGGCAGCGAGCAGUCCCUCUCUCUCAUCUCUUUCGUAUUCCGGCGCUCUUGUUUUUCCUUUUUUUGAUGGCGCGGCACCGCUUCUUCCCCCUCCUGCCUCUCGACUCGCCGCCCCCCUCCGUGCCGGUGUGCCGCAGAGGCGGCAGCACUCAUUCGCGAACGCUGGGCCGGCCAGCACGCGCGCGCACUCCCUACGUCGUCGUCGUGAGCCACCGCUCGCGCUCGGCAGCGAUAGGACGUUCUCCACUGCGGUCGGUAGCCCGACCCCCCGCGAGAAAGAACCAAAAACAAAAAAAUCGCCAACCUCGGACUUUGGAUUGCCUCGUAUCUCCGUGCCCACGGUCGCGUCAGCUGUUCCGUCGGCUGCGCCGAGUUCCUGCACCCGAUGUCCGUCGUCGAGACUCGAGGGCCGGCGACGUUCUCCGGUCGGCUUCAUCGCCGCCGCUUCUGAUGCGGUCGUGUCCCUGUCGCCGCGGCACGGGAAGACCGUCCUGGUCGCCGAGAGCCUCGGCCUGUGGCGCCGGCCCCUCGGGACCGCCUCGCCCGGUGUCGGCGGGCUCCAUUGCUCUGGGUUCGGGGGCUGUGAAGGGGAUCGGCGCCGGCGUCCAUUGCCGAGAAGUCUCCGAGCUCGGCUGAGCCGUGAAAGAACCGCUUCGUCAUGCCACCCCUGAACAUAAAGUCGAUGUCCAAGGAGCUGGACUCCAAGACGCUAUGCCAGUUGCCGUCGUCGGGUUCGCUGAGCGGCAGCUUGGCCGGACUGGGCCAACCGUGCACCGGAGCCAACUAUGCGGGGGCGCCGCCGUCGCCGUCGGACGUCGGGCCGGGCGCGCCGGGCUCGACCUCCGCGGUGCCCGGCGUGGGCGACGACGACCUGGGCGUCGACGACGCCAUCGACCCGGAGUUCUACGCGGCCAUACCGGAGCCCCCGGACGGCGGCUGGGGCUGGAUGAUCGUGGCGGCGUCCUUCCUCUGCAACAUGGUGGUGGACGGCAUCGCGUACACCUUUGGCAUCUUCUUCCCGGAGUUCGUGGACCACUUUAAGGCCCCCAAGGGAACCGUCGCCUGGGUGGGAUCGCUCCUGUCUGGCUGCUACCUAAGCGCCGGUCCCCUGGUGAGCGCCUUGACGAAUAGGUUCGGAUGUCGAGCAGUUUGCAUCGGAGGGAGUAUCGUGUCCUGCAUCGCCUUCCUGCUCAGCACCAUCGUGCAGGACGUGGGCAGCCUCAUGGUCACAUUUGGAGUGAUGGCUGGCAUUGGAUUCGGGCUCGUCUACUUGCCUGCCAUCGUCAGCGUGAACCAGUACUUCUCCAAGAAGCGCGCCCUGGCGACGGGAAUCGCCGUCUGUGGAUCCGGCAUGGGCGCCUUCGUGUUCGCCCCCUUCUGCCAGUACCUUCUGAGCAUCUUCAGCUGGAAAGGGGCACUCAUGAUACUCGCUGGACUGUCCCUCAACUGCGCAGUCUUCGGGUCCCUGAUGCGGCCCCUCCUGGCGUCGGAUAAUCCGCACACCAAACCGCUCCUUCAGAGAAUUUGGGAGGAGAAAGAACGCCAACGGCAAGACUCGCUCUGCAACAGCCAGUUCUUCCUCGUGCAGCACGCGGACGGAACGAUCGAAAAGAGACAGAAGCUGCACCUGAACACGGAGCCUGGUGUCCACUCGACGUUGUACCUAGAUCAAUGGGGGAAGUCACCCAUGGAUACCCCCGUCAUCACCCUUUCGCCCAUCGAAGAGUCCCGACCGUCUCGCAUGGGCUCCAAGGAAGACCAGAACGAAGAAUCCGGGGACUCUGGAAAAGAGAACAAGCCUGCUGAUGAACCAGAAAAGCAGGAGCCCGAUCAGCCACAGGAGGAAGAGAAGCCCAUCACGGAGACAACGGUGAUGAUUCCGAACUCGGAAGGAGAAAACCCAGCGCCAAACUCGACGCCGCAGCCGCCUCCCAACGGCCAUGUCCUGAACGGAGGACCCCCAAUGUCUGCAAUUCAGGAGUUUGCCAAAAGGAAAGGAAUUAUCUCGUCCAAGAGCGCAACCAAGCUCUGUCUCUCCAAUAUCACCGUCGGCGCGGAGAUGCGUCGCAACUGUUCGUCACCCCGAAUGUCAUCGAGCGGCUACGUCUACUCGUCCGGCAGGCACAGUCGGUACACCACUUCGGGAGAGGUUUGGAAGCGGAUCUCCCAGGAGACUGUCGCCGGCGGCCCGCGCCAGAUGCAGAAAUCAAAGAAGAAGGACAUCGCCAGGCCAAUGUACCGCAAGGACAUCUUCUACAGCGGCAGCGUCAUCAACUUGCCAGAGUAUCGGCUGUCCCAGGGCGACGUCCGCUCCUACGUAGCCAGCGUACUUACGAUUCCGGCGGACAACGUACCAGCAGCCAGUGGUGUGGACCUCCCGGAUGGGAAGCCCGGAGUGAGCAUUUGUCCACCGUGUCUCCGACUUCCCGGCAGCAUGUCCGACACGCUCUCUGAGAUGCUGGACAUGGAACUGCUCAAGAAUCCGGCGUUUGCUCUCAUUUGCGUAUCCAACAUCGUCGGCAUGAUGGGCUUCUGCAUCCCCUUCAUGUACAUCGCAGACUCAGCCGUGCUCAAGGGGAUUGACAAAGACAAGGCCGCCUUCUUGCUCUCGCUCAUCGGAAUCACCAACAUGAUGGGCCGUCUGUUGUUCGGAUGGCUCUCGGACCUCCCGCAGAUCAACUGCCUCCUGCUCAACAACUUGUCGCUCUGCUUCAGCGGGGUCGCAGUGUUCCUGAUGCCAUUCUGCUACACAUACUCAGCGACUGUUGCUGCCUGCAUGAUCUUUGGAAGCAUUGUAGCCGCAUAUAUAUUGCUGACCUCGAUUAUCCUGGUCGAGCUGUUCGGAUUGGACAAUCUCACCAACUCCUUUGGCUUGCUCAGCUUGUGCAGAGGAGCAGCUUGCAUGAUCGGACCACCAUUGGCAGGAAGCUUGUUCGACUUCACGGGGUCCUACGACGUGCCCUUCUUCCUAUCCGGUGCCAUGAUGGUGGUCUCUGGGAUCAUGUCCUUCUUCAUACCGUACGUCCGCAACACCGCUCAGAAGCUGGAAGUCGUCCAGGACUUUGCCUCGCCGCUCGAAGAGAUCCCCGAAGAGAGCGACGUCGAAGAGGAAGACGAAGAGACCGAGAACGUCGACAACGUGGAAACGGUCGUGUAAGGGCGGCGCCCGAGCCGCCUUGCCAACACUUCACAAGGGGCAGCCACCCGCGGCCCCAACCACGUGCUCGGACAAGGUUCGUGAGUGCAUCGAGCACACGUGCACACUUGCGGGCCGAGAGGGCCUUAGGACUGACUACCUUACCCCAGCUCGUUCCCGCGCAAUAGUUACGAUAUCGUAGUCACGAUACCGUCUCGCCCCUCCGUCUCAACCGACUCCCUCGCUCCUUCCUGGUCUCUGUGUCGUCGUACCCCCAAAAGAGAAGAUCGUGUUUCUCAUGAGCUCAGCGUCGGUGCGGUCACGGUACCUCGGUGUGUGUGUGUGUGUGUUCAAGGGAUGACAGAGAGACCUGGAGCAAGCAAGCAUGGUGCGACGUUCAGAUGCGUUUAUUUUUGCAGGGAAGUGCGCGUCUUGUUGUCACGAGAGAGAAAACAAAAGAAAGAACGAGAGAGAUAGGGAGGCAGGGAGAGAGAGAAAGAAAUAAGGCCUCUGGCCCCACUAUUUUGCUGAGACAGUCGUGUUUUUCACAAGUCUGUGGUGGAAGAGAAACCAGACAGUGUGUGUCUGUGUGCGUGUGUCUGUUUGCGCGUGUCUGCGAAUAUCUCGAGGGUAACAGUGGUCCACGAGCGUCUAUGGCAUCAAAAUGAGCGAUCCGUUCGUUGUGGCGUGUCUGCCCUGGAAAGCGGCACGCCAGCGGCUCGCGCUUAGCGCGUUUCAGGGACUGCGGAAGAAAGCGGUACUUACGUGAAGUGCUGGACUUGUUAUGUCACCAGUCGCCUGGAAAUGGACGCGGUACCGUCGAAACGUAGAUUUAUGCAUUCCAAUGUGCACAACGGAACAUGAGAAGAACAGCUAAAAAGAAAAUAAUGUAAGCAACAAAAACAUUCGCAAGCACCUACCUACACAACAAGUAGUCACUUCAUGUCUGUGAUAUCCACCUCGGCCUGACGGUUCUCUUGUAUGUAGAGUUGAAAAUGCCGCCGAAGGUGAUGUUGUACGCGAACUUUCUGAACUCGAUUAUUCUUUCUGUCUCUUCCCGUGAAAACGUUUUUUUUUCCCCUUCACCUUUGUUUUCUUUCCACGAGCUCGGACUCUUCGGAAUGUGGGUGUAGUUCUGACAUUGGGUUCAUUGUUCGUACAGCUCGGAGCGUUCCCACAAGGUGCGGACGGACUAGAGCGUGUGUCUCAGACUCGACGACAUUCCAAGCAACGUGUUGCCACCCUCCCCUUUCAGAUUUCAAUGCGCUCGAGGUGUUUCUCUGCCCUGAAAGGGUCUCUCACGGCAGCACUGUACCUGCUUUAGUAUGGACAGAACCAACUUUAAGGCCAUUUCUCGCCAUGACGCUACCAGACGUGGUGUGCUCUUUACUCCUUAAAGGUAAAAAAAAAAAAUAUCUACUGAAGGAUUAUUUUGUCCCUUCCUGGGGCUCCUCCGUUCAUGGGCUUUCAGAAUCAUUCAAAGCUUCGGUCUUGAGACGCGCGUGGCCUCAACGCAAUACCACCCAGAAGACAAGGCCGACCCAUGACGUCAUCCUUAGUGGAUCCCCGGCGCGCCCCAAGCAGAAAACACGCUGAAGCUUAACGGGGGUUGCAGCAGACGCAUUCGUCUUGGCAUGGCCACGUGCUAGCGCCGCGCUCGUUGUGAACCGCUGCGAGACGUGCUGACGGCGAUGCUUGCGCAGGCUAGGUGGCACUACGUGAAUCCACAAGGGAUGACGUUUGGGGGCAAAGGCUCGGGCCUUGUCUUCCAGGUAGCAUUGCCCCGCUGCCAGAUGGGCCGGACCCGGAGGUCCCGAAGGUUCGUCAAAUAUCCAUCCCAUCCUUCGCUCUCUUCUCGGCGCAAUUUCAGGCGAGGCAGACUUUUCCGCCGGGGAAUCCCCCCGCGAAUUCGCACGUGCGCAGUUCGGGGCACGGUGAAAGCCACCGGGGAAGAGAUGCUCCUAGUCCUCAUGAGUCUGCCGCCUUCGCGGCCCCCGGUACAUACGACAUUUGGAUGGUUUCAUCCUCUACACAUCCAGCGGUGGACUCUCUCCUAAGAAUGCGCCAUUUUUCGAAAGGGAACAGUCGGUGAUCGCUUCCAUAGAUGCAAGAGAGAGAGAGAGAGAAAGAGAGAGAGAAAAAAAAAUAGUCUCGCAUCUCGACCCCAGUGCAAUCAAUGCUGCUUGCGCUAGAGCACGCAGACGGCCUUGGUAGGUGUUUUUGGGCAUGCGCAUUCGCCGAUAGAGCCUUCGAAAGAGCUGGGAUUUUACGCCAUUAUGAAACAAAUAAAGCUGUUAUUUGUUUACGCCCGA